GGUUUCGGUUUUUGCUUUAGUUGAGAGAAAAUCGUCGCUUAGUAACGUCGCCCCAAGAACUGAACUCUGGCAGUGCCCCACGAUCGCCUUGAGUAUACGAAACCGAUCUAAACCCAAUCCACAUCCAAUCUUGUACUAUAUCGAAACUAAAACACCGAAUCCAAGCCAGCCACCCGAUCGGAAUCAGGCGCUUAUCAAGUCCUCGUCUUCCAACAAAUCAUCAAAUCCGCGCUAGAAGAAAUGGCCCAACCACAGCUGCUGCAAAUCAAAUUGUCACGUUUCGAUGCCCAGCCCUGGGGCUUCCGUCUGCAAGGAGGCGUGGACUUUGCCCAGCCCCUGCUAGUGCAAAAGGUGAACGCGGGCAGCUUGUCCGAACAGGCCGGACUACAGCCCGGCGAUGCGGUGAUCAAGAUCAACGACGUGGAUGUCUUCAAUUUCCGGCACAAGGACGCCCAGGACAUUGUGGUGCGCUCCGGCAAUAACUUUGUCAUCACAGUGCAGCGCGGUGGCUCCACCUGGCGGCCACAAGUGACGCCCACUGGUAACGUGCCGCAGCCCAACUCGCCGUAUCUGCAAACGGUGACGAAGACUUCUCUGGCUCACAAGCAGCAGGACAGCCAGCACAUCGGCUGUGGUUACAACAACGCGGCUCGUCCCUUCGCCAACGGCGGCGACGGCGGCGUGAAGAGCAUUGUCAAUAAACAAUACAACACCCCGGUUGGCAUUUACAGCGAUGAAUCUAUUGCGGAAACACUCUCGGCCCAGGCGGAGGUUUUGGCCGGCGGUGUGCUCGGCGUCAACUUCAAGAAGAACGAGAAGGAAUACCAGGCCGACCGGUCUGAGGUCCUGAAGUUCCUGCGCGAAGAGGAGACUGGCCAGUCCACUCCAGCAUUCGGCAAAUACGAGCAUGAUGCACCUCAGCAACAGCCACAACAACAAUACGAACAGCAACAGCAUCAGCAUCAACAUCAACAUCAGCAACAGCAACAGCAACACUACUACCAACAGCAACAGCAACUGCAACAACAACAGCAGCAGCAGCAACAACAGCAGUCGAGCGCCACUCGCCAUGUCAGCGCCCCCAUCACCAAUCCCAAUAAGCCCCCCAGCACCGGCGGACUCCCGACUGGCCAGAACAUUUGCACCGAGUGCGAGCGCCUCAUUACUGGCGUCUUUGUGCGCAUCAAGGAUAAGAACCUGCACGUGGAGUGCUUCAAGUGUGCCACCUGCGGCACCUCGCUGAAGAACCAGGGCUACUACAACUUCAACAACAAGCUGUACUGCGACAUCCACGCCAAGCAGGCCGCCCUGAACAACCCGCCCGCCGGAACCGAGGGCUACGUGCCCGUCCCCAUCAAGCCCAACACCAAGCUGAGUGCCAACACCAUCUCGUCGGCUUUGAGCUCGCACGGAUAUAGUGGUGCCUCGAAUGGCUACUCCAACGGCAGCUCGGCACCAGCUCCGGCUCCGGUCAACCAGGGCUUCGCUCGUCCCUAUGGAGCCGCCGCCCCCAAGUCGCCGGUCUCGUACCCGCCGCAACAGCAGCAGCAGUCGCCCCGUCCCGCCCCCGGCGGCAACAACCCGUACGCCACUUUGCCCCGCAGCAAUGUCGGCCAACAAGUCCCACCUCAGGCUUACUCAGCUGUGAUUGUGCCUGCACCUGCAUCUGCACCUGCUCCAGCACCCGCUCUAGCACCUGCUCCUGUACCUUCAAUAGCUCUCCCUGCUCCAUUCUCUGUAAAUACCAGUAGCAACGCCUACUCCUCCACCACCAGCAAGUUCGAUGCCCAUGAGCUUAUCGAGGAGACUGUCGAGGAGCUCGAGCACUCGGAGGUCCUCUUUCCGCCGCCAUCCCCAUUGAGCCACCUCACCAAGCAGGGCAAAGCCGUACAGUCCGGCCUCCAUAAGGCGGACAACAUACCUAAAUACCAACGCAACUGGACCGUGCUGCCCACCCAGAGUCCCAUACGCACGCCGGAACCGCAUGAGCUGCGCGAGAACGUGCCCUUGGCUUUUGUGGAUGCCCCCAAGGUGCCGGUUACUAGCGAUACCUCCACUGUACAUAGACCCAUAGCCAGGGCCCAGGUAGCAGUUCCCCCACCGUCGCUAACGGUGCCGACAACUGUGGUGUCUCUCGAGAAGCCCCAGCUGUCGGUUCCAAUUAUAAUCGAGGGUGAUCGCGCGGGUCCAGUAACGAUGGCUUUUCAACCGCUAGACGAGUUCGUCCGUCCGGAUCAGGCCCAGACGCCAACCCGGCCUUAUACUCCUUCGAUGACCCAGAAGCCGGCUCCGAUAGUGCCCUUUUACCAGACCGAGGAGAAGCUGUGCUUCGACGAGUGUCCUGCUACCCAUGCGCGGAACUACGAUAUGGGAGCCGCCUCCCCGUUUCCGGACAGAGCUCGGUCCCCAGCCCCAGGACCACCGCCGAAUCCGCUCUCCGCCAUCCGGGCUCCGCGGAUGAAGGAGCCGGAGUCGAACUUGCUCACCGUCUCUGGAGGAGCCGCCCGCUUACAGACAGGCUCCAUCACCACGGGCCAAAGCUACCAGGGACAACUGCUGGCCCACUCGGAGCAGUCCACCCAGUCGGCCAGGCAGAGCUUCACCCAGCAGCCGGAGCGCGUCACGGAACAGCGAGUUGGGAACCUGAACAUCCAGCAGCGAGAGCAGUCCUCCCAGCUGCAACAGCAGUCCCAGAGCCAGUCGCAGAGCCAGACUCGCAGCCAAGUGGGCAACACGCAGAUCGAGAGGCGUCGCAAGGUCACCGAAGAGUUUGAGCGGACCCAGAGUGCUAAGACUAUAGAGAUCCGGACUGGAUCCCAGUCUCAGUCCGUUUCCCAGUCGCAGGCGCAGUCCGUGCAGAGUCAGUCAGAGUCCACGGAGAGGAGGUCAUCGUACGGCAAAACAGGUUAUGUGGCCACCCAGGCCCGUCGCCUUUCCGGCUUAGAGCAGGAGAUCACCAGCUUGACCAGCCAGUCUCAAGCUAUAAGUGCCCGGGCUUCCACUUUGGGGGAGAGCUGCUUCCCCCAGCUGCGAUCACCCACAUUUGACUCGAAGUUUCCCCUGAAGCCAGCGCCGGCACAGUCCAUAGUGCCUGGCUACGGGGCACCACCUGCCAGCCAGGCAGCCAGCAAACUGGUGGCUCCUCCACCGGGUUUCCUACAACAACAGCAGUUCCAACAGCAGCAGAUACAACAACAACAGCAGCAGCGAUCCGCCUACUCAUCUGUGCAGCAGAGUUCGAAAACAUCCACCUCAUCGCUCUCAUCUUCAUCUGCAGCAUCUGCGUCGCAAAGCCUAACCCAAGCUUCCUCCGCUAUUACUACCACCACUAAUAACCAGGCCACCUCGGCCUUCCGGAGAACCAGCAAUGGUAGCAGCAUCAUCAAGCCUAAUCUGGCCUCGCGGCCUUCCAUCGCUUCCAUCACAGCUCCAGCUCCAGCGCCUGCUCCAGCUCGGGCUCCCAACGCGGUUAAAGCUCCGAUUGCCCCGAAGUCGGUGAUUGCCAACGUGGUGCAAUCCGCUGCUGCUCCGCCGCCUGCUGCCUCUGCGCCCGCUGUCUUUCCGCCAGAUUUAAGCGAUCUGAACCUGAACUCUAAUGCCGAUGGUUCUGCAGGUCCUGGAGGCAAGAGCGCCGGAGCCUUUGGAGCCACCUCAGCGCCCAAGCGCGGCCGAGGUAUUCUCAACAAGGCCGCCGCACCCGGAGUGCGCAUCCCACUGUGCAACAGCUGCAACGUCCAGAUCAGAGGACCCUUCAUCACGGCUCUGGGACGCAUCUGGUGCCCGGACCACUUCAUCUGCGUGAACGGCAAUUGCCGUCGUCCGUUGCAGGAUAUCGGAUUCGUUGAGGAGAAGGGCGACUUGUACUGCGAGUACUGCUUCGAAAAGUUUCUGGCGCCCACCUGCAGCAACUGCGCUGGCAAGAUCAAGGGUGAUUGUCUGAAUGCCAUCGGCAAGCACUUCCAUCCGGAGUGCUUCACCUGCGGCCAGUGCGGCAAGAUCUUCGGCAACAGGCCGUUCUUCCUGGAAGAUGGCCAGGCCUACUGCGAGGCCGAUUGGAACGAGCUGUUCACCACCAAGUGCUUCGCCUGUGGCUUCCCCGUGGAAGCUGGCGACAGAUGGGUGGAGGCCCUGAACCACAACUACCAUAGUCAGUGCUUCAACUGCACGUUCUGCAAACAGAACCUGGAGGGCCAGAGCUUCUACAACAAGGGCGGUCGUCCCUUCUGCAAGAACCAUGCGCGCUAAUCCGCCAGCUGGCCCAUCGGCUAUUUUUGUUCGACUUCAGGGAUCACGCACACUAACCAACAAACCCACAACAACUAUCUUCAUACACUAUGGACCACCAUGAUGGGGACUACUCGCAUCCUAAAGCUUAUAUUAUAUUUGUCAGAGUGAUUAAUGCGUUAUGAUUAUUAUUUCUACAUACUUGUUUUGUGCCUACAACAAAUGUUAUCCUAAUUUUAAAUGAAUGAACUAAGCAGUCAGCCCCGUAUGGAAAGAAACUCUACUGAAAACGACACGAAAUCGAAUUAGCUAGCCAAUUGUAUGCCCCGCUCUCAUCAGAAACACUCAAUGAACUAUUAUUUAUUCAAUCAUCGCACCAUAACCGAUAACCGAUAACCAUAUCCAAAUCCCCUGUGGCCAGCGUUACUUCACUUCUGUUCCGAUCAACCCGGACUAAAGGCCAACAAAUCGCGCAAACGGAUUUCCUAGCCAGCGAAUCAGAGAGUCAAACACACAGAAGUCACAGCGGUAGCUAUUUAAUUUCUAAAUUUAUGUUGUAAAUUAUCCAUUAUCUGAGUGUAAAUUUGUAAAUGAUCAGCAAGUGAAUAAAUUUCGAAAUCUUUUUCGCGUUUAAUCGA